UCCUCCCCACCAGGCCCUUUGUACGUGCUCGGCGGCGUGCGAGCGCGCCCGGCACGUGACCCCGCCGAACGUGGCAUUGUGUUAUCACGUGACCCAGGUGCGUACGCGACGGAGCGGGGUGUGAAGAUGGCGGACGAAGAGGCCGAGCAGGAGAGGUUGAGUCGUGGCGGAGGCGGUUGCGUCGCGGAGCUGCAGCGCCUGGGCGAGCGGCUCCAGGAGCUGGAGCGACAGCUGCGGGAGAGCCGCGUGCCGGCCGUGGAAGCGGCCACGGAGUACUGUCAGCAGCUGUGCCAGACACUCCUUGAAUAUGCAGAGAAAUGGAAAACUUCAGAAGAUCCUUUACCUUUAUUGGAGGUAUACACAGUGGCUAUCCAAAGUUAUGUUAAAGCCCGACCUUAUCUUACCUCUGAAUGUGAAAAUGUAGCAUUGGUUCUGGAACGCUUGGCAUUAAGCUGUGUUGAACUUUUACUGUGUCUGCCUGUUGAGUUAUCAGAUAAACAGUGGGAACAAUUUCAGACACUGGUGCAGGUAGCUCAUGAAAAGCUGAUGGAGAAUGGCAGCUGUGAAUUGCAUUUUUUAGCUACUCUAGCUCAAGAGACUGGGGUGUGGAAAAACCCGGUACUGUGCACUAUUCUUUCCCAGGAACCAUUGGAUAAGGAUAAAGUGAAUGAAUUUUUAGCUUUUGAGGGCCCCAUCUUGUUGGAUAUGAGAAUUAAACAUCUAAUCAAAACCAAUCAGUUAAGUCAAGCAACUGCUCUAGCAAAGCUGUGUUCUGACCAUCCAGAGAUUGGUACAAAAGGUAGUUUUAAGCAAACUUACCUUGUUUGUCUUUGUACAUCAUCACCAAAUGAAAAGUUAAUCGAAGAGAUUUCAGAAGUUGAUUGCAAAGAUGCACUAGAAAUGAUUUGUAACUUAGAAUCUGAGGGUGAUGAAAAAAGUGCUCUUGUCUUAUGUACUGCAUUUUUAUCACGUCAGCUCCAACAAGGAGAUAUGUACUGUGCUUGGGAACUCACUCUCUUUUGGAGUAAGUUACAGCAAAGAGUAGAACCAUCUAUACAAGUGUACCUAGAAAGAUGUCGGCAACUUUCUCUGUUAACCAAGACGGUAUAUCACAUUUUCUUCCUGAUUAAAGUUAUUAAUUCAGAGACUGAAGGGGCUGGACUUGCCACCUGUAUAGAAUUAUGUGUAAAAGCCCUUCGUUUGGAAUCUACAGAAAAUACUGAAGUGAAAAUAUCUAUUUGCAAGACCAUUUCGUGCCUGUUGCCUGAUGAUCUGGAAGUUAAACGUGCUUGUCAACUGAGUGAAUUUCUUAUUGAGCCUACAGUAGAUGCAUAUUAUGCUGUGGAAAUGCUGUAUAACCAGCCAGAUCAGAAAUAUGAUGAAGAGAAUCUUCCAAUACCAAAUUCUCUACGCUGUGAGCUCUUACUUGUAUUGAAAACUCAGUGGCCCUUUGAUCCAGAAUUCUGGGAUUGGAAAACAUUAAAACGACAGUGUCUUGCAUUAAUGGGGGAAGAAGCGUCUAUUGUGUCUUCGAUAGAUGAACUAAACGACAGUGAAGUUUAUGAGAAAGUAGUGGACUACCAGGAAGAGAUUAAAGAAACUUCUAUGAAUGGACUUUCUGGUGGAAUUGGUGCUAAUUCUGGCCUUCUUAAAGACAUCUGUGAUGAAAAGCAGAAGAAGAGAGAGAUAAAACAAUUAAGAGAGAGGGGAUUUAUUUCUGCUAGGUUUAGGAAUUGGCAAGCCUACAUGCAGUAUUGUGUGCUAUGUGACAAAGAAUUCCUUGGUCAUAGAAUAGUACGACAUGCUCAAAAACAUUACAAAGAUGGGAUUUACAGUUGCCCUAUAUGUGCAAAGAACUUCAAUUCUAAAGAAACUUUUGUCCCUCAUGUCACAUUGCAUGUUAAACAAUCUAGUAAGGAGAGACUAGCAGCUAUGAAACCAUUAAGAAGAUUGGGGAGGCCACCUAAGAUCGCAACUACCAAUGAGAAUCAGAAGACUAAUGCUGUGACCAAGCAGGAACAGCGGCCUAUAAAAAAGAAUAGUCUCUAUUCAACAGACUUCAUAGUAUUUAAUGACAAUGAUGGUUCAGAUGAUGAGACUGAUGACAAAGAUAAAUCUUAUGAACCAGAAGUGAUCCCAGUCCAGAAACCAGUACCUGUUAAUGAAUUUAAUUGCCCUGUAACUUUUUGUAAAAAGGGCUUUAAGUACUUCAAAAAUUUAAUUGCUCAUGUAAAGGGGCAUAAGGAUAAUGAAGAUGCCAAGCGCUUUCUUGAAAUGCAAAGCAAAAAAGUUAUUUGCCAGUACUGUAGACGGCAUUUUGUAAGUGUUACUCAUCUUAAUGAUCACCUACAAAUGCACUGUGGCAGUAAACCAUAUAUCUGUAUACAGAUGAAAUGUAAGGCUGGUUUUAAUAGUUACGCAGAGCUCUUAACACACCGAAAGGAACAUCAAAUCUUUAGAGCAAAGUGUAUGUUUCCUAAAUGCGGCAGAAUUUUUUCAGAAGCUUAUUUACUGUAUGAUCAUGAAGCACAGCAUUAUAAUACCUAUACUUGUAAGUUCACAGGUUGUGGUAAGGUUUAUCGUUCUCAGAGUGAGCUAGAAAAGCAUCUGGACGAUCACAGUACUCCUGAAAAAGUGCUGCCUCCUGAAGACCAACAUACUUCAUCUGGAGAUUGUGUUCAGCCUUCUAAAGUGAAUCCGAACACAGAAGUGAGCAUCAAGAAAGAGGGGUCUGUGCUUCCCUCAGAAAAUAAUAUUGAAAACACCUUACCGGCAGAUAGAAGUGAUGCUUGGGAUAAAAGCAAAGCAGAAUCAGCUGUGACCAAACAAGACCAGACUUCUGCAUCAGAGCUCAGGCCAGCUGAUGGACCAUUGUCAAAUGGUUUGGAAAAUCCUGUGACUACUCCUCUGCUUCAGGCCAGUGAAGUAGCUGUAUCCAUUAAAGUGUCCCUCAAUCAGGGGAUGGAGGAUAACUUUGGAAAGCAAGAAAACUCAGCUGUGGAAGGCACUGCUGAAUCACUGGUCACAGACUUACGUACACCAGUUGGAGAUACUUGUAAUGAUUUGUGUCGUCCAGGUUUUCAAGAAAGAAAACAGGAUUGCUUUAAUGAAGCCCAGAUUACUCAGAAUUCUUUAGUAAAUUCAGAAACCCUCAAAAUAGGUGACCUUACCCCACAAAACUUAGAAAGACAAGUGAACAACCUGAUGACCUUUUCUGUGCAAAAUCAGGCAGGAUUUCAAAACAGUUUACCAUCUUCCAAGUUUGAAUGUGGAGGUAAUGUUAAAACAUCAUCCAAUCUUUAUAAUUUAUCUCUUAAGACAUUGGAAAGUAUCACAUUUGUUCCACCACAGCCCAACCCAAGUAGUUCUUUAGGAACUCCAUCAGUGCCUCCAAAAGCGCCAGUUCAGAAAUUCAGUUGCCAGGUUGAGGGAUGUACUCGAACCUAUAAUUCUUCACAGAGUAUUGGGAAACACAUGAAGACAGCACACCCUGACCAAUAUGCUGCAUUUAAAAUGCAGCGCAAAAGUAAAAAAGGUCAGAAAUCUAACAACUUAAAUACACCAAAUAAUGGAAAGUUUAUUUAUUUUUUGCCAUCACAGGUGAGCAGCUCUAACAAUGCAUUUUUUACACCACAGACCAAAGCCAACGGGAAUCCUACUUGUUCAAAUCAGUUGCAGCAUGUCUCGCCUUCCAUUUUUCCAGCUCAUUUAACAAGUGUGUCAACUCCACUGUUGCCCUCAGUGGAAAGUGUCAUAAAUCCAAAUAUACCUUCUCAGGAUAAAAAUGAACAAGGUGGUGGUAUUAUAUGUUCCCAAAUGGAAAAUUUAUCUACUACUACCUUGCCAGCACAAAUGGAAGAUCUAACCAAAACAGUUUUGCCUUUGAAUAUUGACAGUGGCUCAGAUCCUUUCCUUCCUCUACCUGCAGAAAGUAGUUCAAUGUCUCUUUUCCCUUCACCAGCAGAUAAUGGGGCUAAUUCUGUUUUUUCCCAACUGGAAAAUAAUACAAAUCAUUUUUCCUCACAGAUUGAAGGAAACACUAAUUCCUCCUUUCUAAAGGGAGGUAAUGGUGAAAAUGCAGUUUUUUCUUCACAAGUCAAUGUUGCAAAUGACUUUAAUAGCACCAGUGCCCAACAGUCUGCACCUGAAAAGGUUAAAAAAGACCGUGGGCGGGUCCCAAAUGGGAAGGAAAGAAAACCCAAGCACAACAAAAGGGCUAAAUGGCCUGCAAUUAUCAGAGAUGGGAAAUUUAUCUGUAGCAGGUGUUACAGGGCUUUUACUAAUCCCAGAUCUCUGGGUGGACACUUGUCUAAGCGAUCUUACUGUAAACCACUGGAUGGAGCAGAAAUUGCUCAAGAACUUCUACAGAAUAAUGGACAGCCUUCUCUUCUUGCCAGCAUGAUUCUCUCCACAAAUGCAGUAAAUUUGCAGCAGCCGCAACAGUCUGCCUUCAGUCCAGAAGCAUGUUUUAAAGAUCCAUCAUUCCUGCAACUUCUUGCUGCUGAAAAUCGCUCAUCAACAUUUUUACCAAAUACAUUUCCUCGGACUGGUGUGACUAGCUUUAGUACCAGUGUUAGUCAAGAAGGAAGUGAAAUUAUUAAACAGGCUUUGGAAACUGCUGGCAUUCCCAGUACAUUUGAGGGUGCCGAAAUGCUUUCUCAUGUUCCAACAGGUUGUGUUUCAGAUGCAACACAAGUAAGUGCAACAGUGAUGCCAAGUCCAGCUGUGCCACCCCUGUUGCAGACUGUAUGCCACCCAAACCCCCUGCUGACAAACCAGAAUAGGACCCCAAACUCCAAAACUUCCUCCAUUGAGGAAUGCAGCAGUUUGCCUGUUUUCCCAACAAAUGACUUACUACUGAAGACUGUUGAAAAUGGUUUGUGUUCUAGUUCAUUCCCUAAUUCUAGUGGGCCAUCACAAAAUUUUACCAAUAACAGUUCACGUGUUUCAGUUAUAAGUGGUCCUCAGAACACGAGGUCUAGUCAUUUAAAUAAGAAGGGAAACAGUGCUUCGAAGAGAAGAAAGAAAGUUGCUCCUCCCCUAAUUGCACCUAAUGCUUCCCAAAACUUGGUAACAAGUGACUUAACAGCAAUGGGACUUAUAGCAAAGAGUAUAGAGAUACCAACUAGUAACCUCCAUUCAAAUGUAAUUCCAAAUUGUGAGCCUCAGGGUUUGGUGGAAAAUCUAACACAGAAAUUAAAUAAUGUUGACAGUCAGUUAUUUAUUACUGAUGUGAAAGAAAACUUUAAAACCAAUCUUGAGUCCCAUACAGUGUUAGCUCCUUUAACAUUAAAAACUGAAAAUGGUGAUUCCCAAAUGAUGGCUUUGAAUUCGUGCACGACUUCAAUAAAUUCUGAUUUGCAGAUUUCUGAAGACAAUGUUAUACAAAACUUUGAAAAGACUCUUGAAAUUAUUAAAAGUGCUAUGAAUUCUCAAAUACUUGAGGUAAAAAGUGGAUCUCACAGUGUUGGUGAAACAUCACAGAAUGCGCAAAUAAAUUAUAACAUUCAGCUUCCUUCAGUAAACACUGUACAAAAUAACAAGUUACCUGAUUCUUCUCAGUUUUCUUCCUUCGUGGGUGUCAUGCCAGCAAAAAGUAACAUUCCUCCGUCUGAAGUAUUACAUAAGGAGGAUCAAAUACAGGAAAUUUUAGAAGGCUUGCAGAAAUUAAAAUUAGAAAAUGACCUGUCCACUCCAGCACCCCAGUGUGUACUAAUAAAUACGUCAGUGACACUGACUCCCACUCCUGUUAAACCAAUUCCAAAUGUCACAGUUGUUCAGCCAGUUUCUGAAAUGAUAAGCAACAUUCAGUUUAGUGACAAAGUUAAUAAACCGUUUGUGUGUCAAAACCAAGGCUGUAAUUACAGUGCUAUGACAAAGGAUGCUUUAUUUAAGCACUAUGGUAAGAUUCAUCAGUACACUCCAGAGAUGAUUCUUGAAAUUAAGAAGAAUCAGUUGAAAUUUGCUCCAUUUAAAUGUGUAGUACCUACCUGUACAAAAACAUUUACAAGAAAUUCUAAUCUCCGGGCGCACUGUCAGUUGGUCCAUCAUUUUACAACAGAAGAAAUGGUAAAGUUAAAAAUAAAACGGCCUUAUGGAAGAAAAUCCCAGAGUGAAAAUUUGUCAGCCCCACGAGUUACACAAGUAAAAAGACAGCUAACUAUGACAGAGGAAAAUAAAAGGGAAUUGCAGCCCGCUUUAGACUUGGGAGCAAUGAAGGAAAAUGCCUUUGGUAAUGUAGCAGUGAUCCCAGAAAAACAACUUGUAGAAAAAAAAAGUCCUGAAAAAACAGAAAAUUCCUUGCAAGUGAUCACAGUUACUUCAGAACAAGGUAAUACAAAUUCUCUCACAAACAUACAAACCAAAGGACGGAAAAUUAGGAGACAUAAAAAAGAAAAGGAGGAGAAAAAACGCAAGAAGCCAGUUUCUCACUCCCUUGAGUUUCCAACAAGAUACAGUCCCUACAGACCUUAUCGGUGUGUUCAUCAGGGUUGUUUUGCAGCUUUUACUAUACAGCAAAACUUAAUUCUGCAUUACCAGGCUGUACACAAGUCAGAUCUACCUGCAUUUUCUGCAGAGGUUGAAGAAGAAAGUGAAGCUGGUAAAGAAAGUGAAGAAAUUGAAACUAAACAGACUGUGAAAGAAUUUCGAUGUCAGGUGAGUGACUGUUCUCGAAUUUUCCAAGCAAUUACUGGCCUGAUACAACACUACAUGAAACUUCAUGAAAUGACUCCUGAGGAGAUUGAAAGUAUGACUGCUUCUGUGGAUGUCGGGAAAUUUCCAUGUGACCAGUUAGAGUGUAAGUCUUCAUUUACCACAUACUUGAACUAUGUUGUUCAUCUUGAGGCAGAUCAUGGAAUUGGGAUAAGGGGAAGUAAAACUGAAGAAGAUGGCAUAUACAAGUGUGACUGUGAAGGAUGUGACCGUAUAUAUGCAACUCGGUCAAAUCUCCUCCGACACAUUUUUAAUAAGCAUAAUGACAAACACAAAGCUCAUUUGAUUCGGCCAAGAAGAUUAACACCUGGUCAGGAAAAUAUAUCAAGCAAAGCAAACCAAGAAAAGACAAAGUCUAAGUAUCGGGGGACAAAACACAGAUCUGGAAAGGAAGGAAUCAAAAUGCCUAAGACGAAACGAAAGAAAAAAGAUAAUUUAGAGAACAAGACUGCAAAAAUUGUGCAGAUUGAAGAAAAUAAGCCUUAUUCUCUGAAACGUGGAAAGCACGUAUAUUCUAUAAAGGCUAGAAAUGAUGCCUUAUCUGAGUGUACAAGCAGAUUUGUGACCCAGUAUCCAUGUAUGAUAAAAGGGUGUACAUCAGUUGUUACAAGUGAAAGCAAUAUAAUUAGACAUUAUAAAUGCCAUAAAUUAUCAAAGGCAUUUACAUCACAACACCGUAAUCUUCUCAUUGUCUUCAAACGGUGUUGCAACUCACAACUAAAGGACACUUCUGAGCAAGAAGGUGAUAAGAGUGAUGUGAAAAAUUCUGACACAUGUGUAUCAGAGAGCAGUGAUAACUCCAGAACAGCUACAGUUCCACAGAGAGAAAGUGAAAAAAAUGAGAAAGAUGAAAUGGAUGAGCUAACAGAAUUAUUUAUUACAAAAUUAAUAAAUGAAGAUAAUGCAAGUGUGGAGACCCAAGCUCAUACCUCUUCAAAUGUAAGUAAUGAUUUUCAGGAAAAUAACCCCUGCCAGUCAGAAAAACAAAAAACAAGUAAUUUGAAGAGAGUUAAUAAAGAAAAAAAUGUCUCCCAAAAUAAAAAGAGAAAAGUUGAAAAAACAGAACCAGCAUCGGCAGUUGAGUUAAGUAGUACGCAUAAAGAAGAAGAAACUGCUGUUGCAAUUCAAACCACGGAGGAGCAUACUGCAUCUUUUGACUGGAGCUCAUUUAAACCAAUGGGAUUUGAAGUAUCAUUUCUGAAGUUUCUUGAGGAGUCUGCAGUGAAGCAGAAGAAAAAUUCUGACAAAGACCAUCCAAAUAGUGGAAAUAAGAAAGGAUCCCAUUCAAAUUCAAGAAAAAAUACUGAUAAGACUGCUGUGACUAGUGGAAAUCAUGUAUGUUCUUGUAAAGAAAGUGACACCUUUGUACAGUUUGCCAAUCCAUCACAGCUUCAGUGCAGUGAUAAUGUAAAAAUUGUUUUAGACAAGACUCUUAAAGAUUGCACUGAACUUGUGUUAAAACAACUUCAGGAAAUGAAACCUACCGUCAGUCUGAAAAAACUUGAAGUACAUUCAAAUGAUCCAGAUGUGUCUGUUAUGAAAGAAAUUAGUAUGGGUAAAGCCACAGGUAGAGGGCAGUACUGAUAACUAAUGUACUAUAAAUACAUUAUUUACGGUUUUAUUUUAAGUAGGAAGCCAUCAAGCAUGCUAGAGUUGUGAAACUUUCUCAUUAAUUUUUGUUGCUGACGUGAAUUAACCUGGCCAAAAAGAAAAAAAAAAAAAAACACAUGACAUUUGUCAUGUAAAACUUUUUUUUUUAUCCCUAUGGGACUUGAGGAACAGAAUCAAUACUUCAGUUAUUGUAAAUAGUUGAGCUACACCUCAAAUUUCUAUCAGCCAGUUCCCCUUUCCAUGAACUAAAUUGAAUUAUCUGUGUGAUUGUUACGUUUCACCAGGUCACUGCUCAUGUAGAACAGUAGUCUGUAGAUAUCUUUUUUGUACAUAUUUAUUACUGUAAAUCAUUUGCUGCCACCAGCAGUGUGUAAGUCUAAACUAUUAAAUGACACAUUUAUAUUUGGAAUUUUAAUUUUUAACUAAGUGAUCAAGUUUUUAAAACUGUUCUUUUAUUGUUUUAAAUUAAGAAUUUUUUGAACUAAAAGUAGAAACUCUGCCAUGGUUCAUUGAUUUUUUACAUAAAACAUUUAUUUACAAGAUGAUCUCAAAAUUACUUUUCACAAAGUAGGCACAUUAUAUCAACACCUUGCUCUGCUUUGUAAAUUUAUCCUCCAGGAUUUUGGGAUGGUAUUCAUGUGAAAUUAUAGCAGAUUCUUUAGCAGUUUCCUAUAGCUACAGGUUUUUUUCAGUGCUUCUAAUUGGAUAUAGUUACUAUGAUUCCAUGAAAUAUAAUGGAAAUGUGAAUAAAGAAUUUACUACAUCAAAGAUUUUAAACAUUUGGUAUUAAAAAAAAAAUCCUUUGUGAAUGUGAUAGAAACUAGUAGUGUGGAGCAGUGUAAAUAUUUGAGGUGGUGAUUUGUGAAGUAGCCCAGUAUUGCCUUAAAUAAAAUCACAUUUCAUUUCUUGUUUUAUACAUGUGAUCUUAUAAAGUUUUUUUUUUUUUUCCAUUUUCUGAGAUUUAUAGAUUGGUGUAUAGCUUUAAACUGUAUAAACUUUUGUGGAAAGAUUUUUUUAAACAUUUUUAUAAAUCUUAAAAUUGGUAUCAUCAAAGUGAGCCCAUCUUGUGUUUAUAAAAUGCAAGAGUCCUUAACAUUUAUAAUUACAUAGAUGAAACACUUUCUAUAAGGAAGUUGGAUGUUUUGAUUUUACUGUUUAUAGAUGUUAGAUUGUACAGAUUUGUAUUUUCCCACCACAUCUAAUGAUACUUUUUUCAUUAGAUUGGUCUUCCAGAGCAGUAUUAGUUGUUAUAAUUGAUUAUUUUGGUUAUUCAGUAUAUAGUUAGCUCUUAUGGUUUAGCUUUAUUCACCAUAUUUAUACUGUGGAUUCACGGCAGAGAUAGAGGUUAUUGCAGGAGAGUUUAUUACCUUCAUUUGAAGUCCAACUAAAGUCAGUACUGGAAACAAAAGAAGACAUCUUUUGAAUUUACUUUUGUUUCUGUUUGCCAUAAAUAGUAGCAUUGAUUUUUGACUUUGUGUUUGUUAUAAACCAGUUGCAUUCACAAUAUUAUUAGCCUGAGAUAUUGACAAUGUUGUAAUAAUAUGAAAAUGUGUAUAUUCCCUGUGCAACAUCAGAUUUGCAGGAAAAAUGAAGCACUUAACUGAAAUUGCUGGUACUCUGAAUAAAUAAGCAUGGUCAAGGAGUGAAUUAUUUUCUUUUGGAAAAUAUUUUUUUAAGUUUUAUUAAAGUAUUAUAGUUUUAUUUUUAGGGCCUAAUGGGUUAUAUUGAAUAGUUGGUUUCACCUCCUUAAGGUUUAUUACCAAUAUGCAUAAAACUUGACACAUUAAAAUCCCUUCCCUUUGGUAAGCCCACUGUUAUUUAUUAAAAUAAAAGUUGUUCUUAUGGGUAAUUAAUACAUGUUUUUUUCCUAAAUUAACAAUAACUUAACUCUGAAUAAUUUUAAUAUUAAAUUUUUGUUAACAACUGAAUGUUUCCGUACAGUUUUCUUGGAAGUUGACCUAGUUCUUAAAGAUAGGCAUUUGGCAAAACUGCCCUAAACAGUACAAUAGCAAGGAGAUUUAUUUCUGGUAAAUGUAGUGAUGAGCUACCAUUAAGUGAAAAUACCAUUGUAUUGGGGCUUUUCUUUUGCUCGUUAGCUCAAGAAAAUUGACCCUUAGACAUUUCUGUAUUCUACAUAUCAGGAGAAAGUUUGCCAACACUGAAUUUUUUUUAUAUUCCAGGUACUGUUUGCUAAAAGUAAUUAUGGCAGAGUGGGCUUUUUAGCAUGGAACAAAAAUCAAGUUAUGGUAUAAAAUACUAAUUUAUAGAACAGCAUGUUGGUAAAAUUUGAUAUGGAAUGUAAUGCCUAAGUAUUAAAAAUGUAAUCUUAAAGUAUAUAUUUUUCAUGUAUACUUUUCCUCAGUCUAUUGUCUUGAGAUACUUUCUUCCUACAGCCUUAGUUUGCCUAGGUUUUAUCAUUUAAAAAUGGACUUUUUUUCCCUCUUCUAAACCCAAAGAAUUUGAAUCUACAGAUCAGAACGUAUUCAAAAUGUAUCGGGAAGUGAAAAGGUAACAGUUUGGGAGAUUUUCAGCAAUGUUAAAUUCAGCAUAAAUUAUUUUAAAGGGCUAGACAGAGAUCGAGUUUUGGCAAGGCAAUUUUUUCAUCACUGGGUAAGCAAACAGUUGCUGUAGCUAUUAAGAUUACAUAAAUACUCAUAAAUACUAUAGCUAGAGAUAUCAAAGAGGGAAUGCUCUAUUGCAGGGGUGGGUGUUUAUGAAAGUCUGUAGAAAAGUGAUUCGUGAAAGAUGAAUGACCAGUCCUUGGAUGGUCAUAGGGGAAACGAAUUCUAGGUAUGGAGGUAUGAUGAAGCAGCAUAGUGCAUUUGCAGUAUUGCAAGUGGUUUAUGUGGAAAGAUACGGGGUUGGAGAAGCUGAAGAGGAAAUGAGCCAGAUCAUGAAGGUUCUUGUAUGCCAUAUAGUUUUCAGUUUUGAUUUAUUAAGUGGUUACUGAAUGCAUUUAAGUUCAACAGUUUCACCAGAUGCCAAUUUUAGAAAGAUGAUUGGUAGUAUAUAGAGGAUAGAUUGGAUAAGUUGGAAGUUAAAAGCAGGGAGACUUGAGGCAAAAAAUGGUGGGGGCCAGGAGAAAAGAUGUUAACAGAGUUGAGAAACAGUAAAACAGUAAGGCAACCUUUUUCAAAAUGUUUAUUGUAAUGAGUUACUACCAGGUUGGAACUUCCGUCAUCAAAGUUUUCUAAACUGCAUGUUGUAGCUCACUCUUAAAAGAAUCCAGUGCACAGCAGUAUAUUAAAGACUGAAAGUUCUGUGCAGAGAACAUGUUAACUGUUAAAUGGGAAUUUUUCAGACUUAACUGACAAUGAAAAUAUUUUUCUUUUUUAAUGUUAAUACUCAGAUAUAUCCUACUAAGUGUUCUAAGGAGCACAUUUUAGGAAACACUCCUCUGAAAUGGCAUUCAUUAAACCAGGGCUGAGAAUCAGCAGGUGUGUGCACCAGUGCAGCAUGUAUCAUCUGUUUACAAGUGGUGAUUUUUCUGAUUGGCCAAUUUAUCCAUUCCAGUUGAUAAGUUUCACAUGUCUUUUUAUACCAGUUUUUAAUUUUAUAUUGUUUAUUAUCUGUGCCUCCCAACACUACCUACCUCUCAGUGAACAAAAUGAUCGUAUCUGCUUUAUUUCUCAGUGGUUUUGCUCAGUAGAGGUGCUUCAUUUCAGUGAUCUGCUCUCCAUAAAUGGGAGCCCUACGUGUAUCACUUUCAUAUUUGGAAUUCAGAUUCCCUUUGUCCAGCCACAAACUGCUAGCUCACCUGCUUGGGAUAUCUCCACUAAAAAAUACUUCUACCUCAUCUCAACUAGUCAGUUAAUCCUACCACCUGCUCAUUAUUCAUCCGCUCACCCUGUCCUCAACUUGUCCUACUUAGAGACUAGAUCCAGCUGUUACAUGCACUCCUUUGCAGGUAUCCUCAGAUCAUGCCCCUCUAUCUGUCGUGAUCUAGAACAAUUUCAAAACCUGUCUGCCUUUGAGCAGUUGAGUGGGAGGAAAUUACUACAACAGGCAAGUUUAUAAUCUCAAAGAGACUCAAAACUGGCAGUUUUUCUGCAGUGUUACUGUAAUACCUUGCUUCCACAAACUUAAAUGAUUUCCACGCUUUUUUUUUCCAGUUUUCCUACUCCAUCAAUGCGCUUUUAAUCACAUUUGCUGAGAAAAUAGAAAAACGUGACCAGAAUUUUCUCCACUUUUCACCACCAAAUUUAUAAGCCCAUCUACAGAUCUGCACUCUUACCAAAAAGCAAUCCUUCCUCACCUCAAAAACUUUGAAUUAGCUACUCUGUUUUCAUGAAACUUUCUCCUACUAGAUCCUUUCAACAGUCUAUAUAUGUGCCCUAGUAGUUACUAUUCUUAAAAAAGGGGGGUGGGGGGCGCCUGGGUGGCUCAGUCGUUAAGCGUCUGCUUUCGGCUCAGGUCAUGAUCCCAGGGUCCUGGGAUCGAGCCCCGCAUCAGGCUCCCUGCUCCACGGAAGCCUGCUUCUCCCUCUCCCACUCCCCCUGCUUCUGUUCCCUCUUUCGCCGUGUCUCUCUCUCUCUCAAAUAAAAUCUUUUUAAAAAGGGGGGGGGCGGAUAUGGGGAGGGUAAUUCCAUCUAACUAUAAUCCCUUUUAUUUGGUUCCCAUCAGAGCUAAUCUGAGUUGUCAAACAUUCCAUUUCUUCUCAUUUAAUCCCACUUUAUAUAUCAUAUCCCACAACUGUUCCGAAAAUUGCUUUCAUCAGGAUCACCAUUCUUUUCCAUGCUGCCAUAUCUGUUCUUUUUUUUCUGCUCAUUCACUGCCUUAGGAGCAUUCAUCAGGGUAAAUGACUUACUCUUGGAAAUGUUCUCUCUUGGUUAUCUUACCUUUCCUGGCUGCUCCAUCACUGAGUCCGACCCUGUUUCCUCUCCCAAUACCUGACCUUGGCUUAUUGUAUAUGUGUCCACUCUCUCUCUGGAUGAUUUAGUCCAUUCUCUGGCGUUCAGUAUGAAUGUACCAUCACACGCAAAUUUAUACCUCUAAGACCAAACUGUUCAUAGUUGCAGGCUUGUAAUUUCAACUGCCUACCUCAGAAUUAAACAUAACACCCCAAAUCAUUUCUUUCCCUACCCCACCUUCAAUCUGUUCCUCUCCCAGUAUCCUUAUCUGGGUAAGUGAAAUCAUUUCCUAGAUUUCUCAAUCCAGGUUCUCUAACAUCAUCAUGGUAACCACUUCACACCCUUUCUCUAUGUUUGGUAACAAGUAUAAGCAUUUUUACCUCAAGUGAAAAGGAACCCACUUCUUAUCCAAAUCAUUUCUUGCCUAGACCACUGUAAUAUUCUUAUGAGCUUUCUUCCAAAUAUUCCCCACCAAAAGUUAGGUUAAUUUUUUUUAAGUAAUUUUAGUUUGUGGGGAGUGGGUGGAGAAAAAAUUUUUUCUUCACAUUGCCCUUUGAAUAAAAUAAGGUGUUUGUUUUACUAUGAUGCCUGCCUAUCUAAAUACAACUUGUUGCUCUCCUUUGCCCAUUGUGUUCUAGCCACAUUGCUUUCUCUUGAGUUCCUCAAGCCAGGCUCUUUCACAUCUCAAGGUCCUUGCACUAGCUGUUCUUUCGCUUGGAAUGCUAUAUUUUACUGUGUACUCACUCACUCAUUCUUUAGGCCUUAGGCCUCAGCCCCGUUAUCAGUUACUCCAUUGCACCAUUCAACUUUCCUUGAUAGCAUUUAUCAGGUUGUAAUUGCUUUUUAUUCUGUGCCAUGGAACAGUCCGGUACCUUGCACAUACUACAUACUUAGUGGUAGUAAAAACUUCUUGAAUGCUUAAAUGGGAGAUAAAGAGAACUUGAUUCUGACUCUCCUGGAGCUCAGAGUCUACACAAUUACUAUAAUUAUUAGUGCUAAGGGCAUUAUAAGAAUAUAUAAUAGAGUGAGAAUUUGGUGCUAUGUAGUCUGUGGUGAGGGAAAGAAGUUAAUAAAGAUUUCUCUAAAGGCGGUAAGGGGAGGGAAGUUAGAGAAAACUCCAGGCUGGUUUUAAAAGUUCAUUCUGGUGAGGGAGUGUUCCAGUGGAAAAUUCAAGGAGACCAGUUAAGGAGGCUAAGUUGUCCAGGGAAGAACGAAUACUGUCUUGAAGAGUGGUGAUAGCUGAAGGAGAAAAGUGGACAGACUUGAGAGAUCUAGGAUAUUUGACAGGACUUGAUCAUUAUAGGUUAUGGGAAAAGAGGAAGAGGAUAGAAAUUGAGAAAAUUUACAGGUUUUUGGUUUGAAUAAAUGAAGAAAUGUUAUUUAGGUAGGUGAGGAUAAAAGAGCAGUUUUGUGAGUUGAUGAUUGCCUAAGGGAAGAGUAUAGAAAAGGAUCCAGGACCUAACUCUGAGAAACUCAGAAUUUCCAAGUAGAUAAGAGAGAAAUAGGAAAAAUCAUGAGACUUGUAGGAUGAACUAUUUCAAGGUGUCACAUUCUCCUGAGAUAAGGAAAUUGUAAAGUAUCCUUUGGAUUUAGUGGUAAGAAAGUAAUCCGUGACCUUUGCAAUUACUUAGUUUGAGUGGAGUCAGUUGGAGAAGUGUAGAAAGCAAGUGUAAACACCUAUUUUUGGUGUUUUAUUGAAAUGAAAAAAGGACUGAUAAAAUAGUUGCUAAAGAGUGUCAUGGAGUCCAACCAGUUUUUCAUUGUAUAGACAAAUUGAGCAUAUUCAAGUUGCAUUGAGAAGGAUUUGGUAGAGAGGAGGGGUUAAGAUGUGAAAAAUAGGGGCGCCUGGGUGGCUCAGCCGGUUAAGCUGCUGCCUUCGGCUCAGGUCAUGAUCCCAGGGUCCUGGGAUCGAGCCCCGCAUUGGGCUCCCUGCUUGGCUGGGAGCCUGCUUCUCCCUCUCCCUCUGCCUGUCUCUCUGCCUACUUGUUCUCUCUCUCUGUCAGAUAAAUAAGUAAAAUCUUUAAAAUAUAUAUAUAUAAAGAUGUGAAAUAUAGCAUAUGUUGUAAAAUUCUUAAGUUUUAGCUUGGGUAAUUGUGAAUGGUGACGCUGUUUGCCAAGGUAAUAUAGAAGGAAUAGGGCUGGAAGAAAGGUUAAUACUGAGUUUGAGGUUCUUAUAGGUCAUUAAGGCAGAGAGGAAUAGUGAUCAGUUCUUUAUAGGGGUCUGAAACUACAGUUGUGGACUUUAAUCCCUUGAGUGCAAGUAUUUUGGUUUCUGUCUCAUCAGCAUUUUGCUCAAUCUGAGAUACAGUGAGCACUUACUACACUUUGCUGGAAUUGAAAGCAAUAGCAAGCAUGUAAGGAAAGAUAAAUCACCAAGGAGAGAACCCUGAGGAACACCAACACUUAGUGGGCAGGAAAAAAAGAAACUAGCAAAGAAGACUUGGAAAGGAAGGUUUAAGUUAGGUGAGACCAGGAAUGGAGGUAAGGGUGUGGGGCAUUAUGGAAGCUGGAGGAGAAUAUUGAGGGAUAGUUGGUCCUGUAUUGUGCCACUGGGAGAUCAUUAAGAAUAAAGAGGCUACUAGAAUUAAUCUUUGGUAGUCAUUGGAUCUUUAAAGAAGUUUUGGUGGAUGCCAAGUAAUGUUUGUUUAGUUAUUAUAUUCAAUUGGUGAAUGAGCUAAAGAAGUCAAGGCAAUGAAUUAUUUAAGUAUCUUGCAUGACAAAAGGAAAUUGGUCAGUGCUUUCCGUUAUUUGAGAGAUUUUAAGAUGAGUCUUAAAAUAUUUGUGGAUUCUGGGGACGUACCUGUUAAAGAGGUCAAAGUUUGAGUAGUAGAUGGAACCUGGUCUUAAGAAUGCAGGUUAGAAAUACUAGCCUUACACAAUUAAAAAUGACCUCUCUUAGGCUUGUUUUUGUGUGUGUUUGUUUUUUAAGAUUUUAUUUAUUUGACAGCACAAGCAGAGGGAGAGGGAGAAGCAGGCUCCCCACUGAGCAGGGAUCCUGAUGUUGGGCUUGAUCCCAGGACCCUCGGAUCAUGAUCUGAGCUGAAGGCAAACGCUCAACCGACUGAGCCACCCAGGCACCCUACUCUCUUAGACUAUUGUUAAGUAGAAAUGUUGAGCUCCUUGUCAUGAAGAAAGGAAACAGAAAUGUACAGGAUAGCAAGCCUUGGAAAAGUAGGAAACCAAGGUUUAAAUGGUAAAGGUUUGAGUUGAAGAAUGCGGGAAGGAGCUCAGUUGCAGGUAUAAAAGGAUUACUGAUCAGCAUUCAAUGCACAGCUGAAUUGAGAGCAUGAUCUUGUAGUGGCACCAUCUGUAUGAUUAUGUACUAUUUCCAGUACUGUUCUUCAGCUUGAAUGGAGGAGAAAGAGGAGGUUGGAUAGUCCUGGCAGGAGUAAAUACAUCAAUGAAUUGAGCCCAAUUAGAGUAGGAAAUAAAGCCAAAAGGACUGAAGAGAAGAGCGUGGUCAAGGGACUAGAGGUCUUUGUGGCACCAAAGAAAGGGCAUAAUGGGAAUAAAGCCAAGAUUUAGAUAUGAAAGACCAGGGCAUUGAAAUGUAAGAUUUUAGGAGUAAUGCAGCUUGCAUUGUUUGGAAAUGGCUGUAGUAGAUCGCUGAAUUAGAAUGUAGAUGAAAUUUACUGGAGUUGAAAAAUUUAAAGAAUUUUUGUCUAAUUUAUUGAAUGGACUGUGUACAGAAGAUAUCCCUAGUAGAACUGGGUAUAAGGAGACAGAGUCAAGUGCUGAAGUCCUUAAUUAAGAGGUUUGUCAGGGAGAAUGCUUCCAGGCUAUGUGGGACAUGUAAGGAUUUGGGGGAAGUAGUUUCUUGUAUCCUCUUGGCCCAGAAGUCUUGGGAGAUCCGGAUUCAGUUAAGGUUUCAGAAUACAAAUUUGUGAAGUAGCAAACAGCUCUAGAGAUAACUCUUUAAAGAACAUAAUAGAAUUGAAAUGCUUAAGCAGAAGUCAGGGGGAGGAAUUAGAAUAGUAAGAAUGGAGAUAGUAGGGAGAGGGCAUUUAUAGUGACCAAGAAGAGAGAGAAGCUUUGAAUACUUCAAGACCAAGACUACAGUCUAACAAGAAUCUGCUGUUUCUAGCUCUCCCAGGCCUAGUCCCAUGUAUCAGAUCUGCUAAUGAUAGUAACAGUUAAUAUUUGUUGGCUGCUACUAUGUGCUAGACUGUGCUUAAGAGCUUUCCUUGUAUUUCCAUUUAUUGUUACAUCAAUUCUUAAGUGCUCAUAUUCUCAUUUUAAAAUGAAAUUGAAUAAGAUGAGGAAAGGCUAAGUAUCUUGCCUAGUAUGUGGCAUAGCCGAGAGUUGAAACUAUGUUCAUUGACUCCAGAGCUUGUAUAUGCCUUUAUUUGGAAAACAUAGGCUGCCAAAUGAAGUAACAAGUUGCUCGGUGUCUUUAUUUGGAAUGAUGUAAAAAAAUGUCGUGGUAGCUGAAGAGAAUUCUCCCCCAGGCGAUUAGUAUAUGAUUCGUAAAUGGUAUUUUUAAUGUUAUAUACAUAUAUAUAUUGUCUGUUGUUGUUUACGGUUAAUAUUGAUUCCAAAGGGGGGGAAAAAAGAACUUCUGGCAUCAAGUCUGGCACCAUGAAGAAGGUAGCUGUGUUGAUGAAGGUAGGGAGCACAGAAGAACAAAGGGCUUACUACUAGGGAUUUUUGCUGCAGCUGUGUACUCUUAAGCCAAAGAAGCUAAGAGAAAGGAAAAUAAGCAGUUGUGGAGGGGUUGAAUGGAUUCUGACCAGCUAGCUCUCUUCUCACUCUAUAGUGGGUGUGUAUUGGGAGCCCUGUAAUUAAACUAGUAGAUGUUUUGUUUGCUGCCAUUUCAGCUUCCAGGUUCUUGUGUUCCCUCAAAGUAACUAUGGGCAUGUCAAAAGGAUGUUCACUAUGCAAGCUGCCCUUAAAACAGCCUUUAGUACUACCAUCCCUAGAUCCCCUAAAAACCCCUGUCACCCAGGGGUUUGUUGGAGAAGAGGAAUGGGGCAUCAGGGUGAUAAUGAUAGCCCUCAUGUGCUGUGGUCCCUCUACAGCAGUGAAGUGUUUAUGUCACUAGGCUUUUGAGGACACAGAAUAGCUUUCAAACUAUUAAGGAGCAGAUCACACCAGGAAAUUCUUCACUGGAAACAGGUACCUAAGAGUCACCCCUAAAAGGAGAGUGCCCCCCUUCUCACCAAGCCAAAAUAGCCCCUUUUAUGUGGAGGCUUCAAGAUGUUAACCAACACCUAAACACAGAUAGGAAGGGGAUGGGAUAUACAGAGAAUCAGUCUCUUACAUAUUUGGAAAAAUAUUUCGGCAAUCAAUACAGUCCAAAUAUUCAAACAAGUCAUUUUGGCAAUUCUUAUCUGUCACCUCCAACCCUAAAACACAGUUACCUAGUAAACACAUUAUAUUUACUUAUUUGAAAAUUUCAAAGCAAUCCUUAAAAGUGUUUACUAAACCUACUUAACAGCUUCUUUAAGCUGGAGCAUUACAAAGUUUUUCUCAAGUAUAUAAGCCCUCAAAGGGAAUUUUCUCAUCCCAUGAUGGCAUUUGGGUGAUGGUCUAGCCUUAUUUAGGCAGUUUAAAAUGAAUUCUCAAGCCCUGCCCCGUAAGAGGAAAAAGUAACAACCUUUUUAUAGAUGAGGACAGUGACGUGGGGAAAUGAAAUGACUUGUAAUAGUAAACCUACAAAACAGGUCUGACCCCUCACUUAGAAUGCUUUCUCUACUGUCCUGCUGGCUGGAAGUAUUGCAAUUUCAAAGCAGAAGGAUGAAUGUGGAGAGUGUCGGGAUUAUAUGGUGAAAUUUAUCAUUGCAAAUAUGGAAGGCAGUGCAAUAUACUUACGAGUAAAUAAGGCAAAAUUCUAAGUUCUGUCACAUGUUGCGGCAUAUGUUGAUGUCUUACACUUUAAAAAUAGGUUUCUUAAUGUAGCCUACAUGUUACCAGUAUAAAAUGAGGAACUGAAGCAAUUCUAAAAUCUUGAUCCUACACCAGCUCCCCAGCCAAAGUUGAUGAGCCAGAAGUAUGAGAGGCAACAGCUGUUCUGCUAGAAGUGAAAUGACCAGAAACAUCCAGAAUGUUCAAUGUAAUGGUGUGAGCCUUUCUACCACAAAAUGGUGGGUUGUGUGUAAUCACUGAGAUUUUAACAGUGUUAUUCUUUCUCUCUAAGCCAAUAUUCCCAACAAUGAGAGAAAAAUUGAAUUUUGAUUUUAAAACUGUCAGCAGAAACCCAGUCCUAUAGGAUGUAUACAUUUUUUUUCUUUCCCUUUUCGUUGACCAAGCUCUUAACGUCUGUGUAGGCAGCUUUUCUCAGAAGUACAACACUAAAGCGAAGGGCAGACAUGCUCCAUUUGUCAGAGCUUUCAGGUCUUUAGUACAUUGAAUUGGGCUGUCAGGGGAGCAACAGUUAAAGUUCUGAGCUCAAAGACCCUAGAAGGGAGGCUUGGGAAGCCAAAGACUGAAAUCCGGCGUUAUCUAUCUCAUAUGGGCAAUAGAUUAUAUUUAAUAAACAAUUGUGUCAGACCUCUGAGUUCAUUAUAUGUCAACUCAUUUAAUCACAACCAUAGAAAGGAAGUAGCUGGUAUUGGAGGUAAUUGUCAAAGUUUUUAUUCAGAUGUCACCACCUGACUCAUCUAUUCUGAAAGACCCAUGUGCUCUAACUGAGGUUAAACCUAGAAUACUGCUUGAAGGAAAAUUUAAAUUGUAGUUACGAUGGUAGAUAUGUGCGUGUACACAUACACACAUGUAUACCUUCAGAGAAAGUAAACAUUGUAGUAGAUUUCAUAAUUCUGUUAGAAUGGGAAGAAAGAUCAUCUCACCAUUUUGAUUUGGUAAAAUCUGCAUCUAAAUCCUGUUAUUACCUUGCUUUCCCAUCUUUAUCAGAGACCAUGUUCAUAUUGACUUCACAAAAAAAAAAAUUACGUACACUCCUUUUCAGCAAACGUAUGCAUGUUCUAUUCAAUAAAUAUUCAGAUGUUUUUUAA